AUGGCAAGCCAACAACAUCCUGAACUCGAGAAGUUAGCAGCCUUGUCACUUGCACCAGAACACUCCGAGGCUGGAGACGCGGCCGGCACCAUGGCAGGCGAUACAGACAUGAGCGACACCACUGCUGAAACGAUACAGGAUAUCCCCGUUGAGGUGUUUGAGAUGUUCACGGCCCUGCUGGACAUGACCGAUCUGCGCACUUGUCAGCUUGUCAGCCGAAGUUUCCAAGUUUUGAUGGCGAAGGAGAUUGAGCGCCGCGACAUACUGCGUACUCUACAUGAUUUCACGAAGGGUCCGAGGCUGAAUCAGAGUCUGGCGAAAUGGGCGCAGCGGACCGGGCCUGGCUGGACUCAGAUGCCCGAAUGUGAGAGGUGGAUCGUUGACAACGUGCUGGAGCGGUACGAUUCGUCAAAGGGCGACUACACUCGAUCCGAUCCUAUGGCCUUGGUGACGACGUCCCAGAUGAUCGACGCCACGAAGGGAAAUCGCCACGACGUCCACGUCCAGGUCCGAAAGGUCGAGGGCAGGAGCGUUGAACCGCCGUUCGAUCAACUCGAACAAUUGACCAUCGAUCGCCUGUUCCUCUCCGCCUCUCCGCACUGGAUGUGGAAAUUCGGAACUCUUCAAGGCGGCUCGGGACUCAACGCCAGAGAAAUCGUUCAGGUCGUCAGGUCCCCUCUUGAGGCCACCGAUAUACUUCGAUCUUUUGUUCGAGAAGGAGGCCCAGGGCUUUCGAGGCUGCAGCGAACCCCAGCAAGCAGGACAUUGCCAUUGCCGGCGUGCACGAGAAACGUGGUCGCGGUCCUGAGUAUGGUCGCCGCUAUGCAGACCGGGCAGCCCGUCACGCUCUACAUCUGCCCCUCGGGGUCAUCUGACAAGGUCACUGAGAAGACGAUGUUGGCGGCAUACAGAGAAGAGAUUCGCAAGAAGCUGCAGGAGGGAGUUCGCCCAUCCAGAUACACUCAAAAGGGCAUGGAUGCGGCCUUGAAAUCCUUCAAUGUGGUCCCAGUGCUCGGGAACGAGGACGACCUAUACGGAAGACGACUGGUAGAUGAUGACAAGGCUGAUCGGUACAUGAACAUGAAGGAGACCAGGGCUGUAUGGGAGGAGCUGGAAGCCGCGAAGGGCACCACAUCAUCACGGGAAGACUUCAUCGCUCACAUCCGACAAGUCAGAUCUGCGUACACCACCAUGAGGCAAGAGCAGUGGGAGUCAUGGCUUGAAACUCUGGCCUCAAUCGACGGUAUUCCAUGGCAUGAUCUUGAUCAAGCUGUGGCGCCCGUCUCUGGAUGUUUUGUGAUCUCUGGCCGUCAAACUCAUACACCGGCAAGGCCUCGAGGCGUACUGCCCAAGCUCAAGGGAGAAUGUGUGUCAGAUACAGGGAGGCGAUGCCAGCAGGCAGCAGCGAGCGAGACUGCGAUCACCGCUGAUAAGUGUAUCACCCUCAAGGAUUGCGUCAGAUGUUGUAUCUGUCCCGAUGCAUCAGCAGCCCAGGGAGAGUAA